AUGAGUGACAAUUGGUUUGAAAAUAUGGAUAAUGGAGAAAUAACCGGAUUAAUUUCAGUUGAUAUUAGGAAAGCCUUUGAAUCUAUUGAUCAUACAAUCCUAUUAAUGAAGAUGCAAGACCAGUUUGGUGUUCAAGAUUUUGAGCUAAAAUGGUUCCAAUCCUAUUUGACGAAACGAAGCCAAGUUUGUGUUGUCGAUGGCCACAUAUCGUUGGCUAAGGAAAUUGUAUGCGGAGUUCCACAGGGAUCUAUCUUGGGACCCCUCAUGUUUUUACUAUAUAUAAAUGAUUUGCCAGAAUGUCUGAAAAACACAACUCCUGGCAUGUAUGCUGACGAUACUCAAAUAUAUGCAUCUUCCGCAAGUUUCUCCGAAGUAGUAACCAAACUUAAUCAGGAUUUAGAAAAUAUAGUCAAAUGGCUCUCUCGAAAUAAAUUGCAACUUCACACAAAAAAGACAAAAGCAAUGUUUAUAGGAUCACCCUAUAACUUAAAAAACAAAGUUGGUAAUGAACAGGUUAUGAUAAAUGAUAAACCGGUUACUCGAUAUUCCUCUUUUCCAUGUCUGGGAGUAGAACUAGAUGAAAGAAUGAGCUGGGAAAACCCUUUUAAUCUUGACCCCCCGACCUAUCAAGAGAUUACAAAUGUCAUCCGUAAAAUGAAACCGUCUGGCUCACCAUGUCCACUUGAUCAAAUAUCUAUCAUCUGUUUUAAACGCUGUGCUUAUUUACGCUCGUACUUAACUGAGAUAAUCCACGCAGCCUGGUCUUGCGGUGUUGUCCCGUCUGAAUGGAAGAAAGCAUGCACAAUUCUAAUUCAUAAGAAAGGCGAAACAGCAAACCCAGCAAACUUUCGACCCAUUACUCUCGAAUCUGUCCCACUCAAAGUUUUCACAUCAUGUCUUCGCAACAGAACAUUUCAGUUUCUUGCAGAAAACAAUUACAUUGAACAGAACAUACAGAAAGGUUUCACUCCAAAACUCUCAGGAACACUAGAACACACAGCACAGUUGGCACAUAUCAUUAAUAAAGCGCGAGUAAAACAACGAUCACUUAUCAUAACACUAUUAGAUCUCAAAAAUGCAUUCGGCGAAGUCCACCAUAACCUUAUUCAUGAAGUUUUUGAAUAUCACCACAUUCCCGAUCACAUAAAGAAUCUUGUCAGUAGCCUUUAUACUGAUUUCCAGACUUCCAUAAUAACUGAACAGUUCAGUACUUCCUUCAUUACAGUCGGUCGUGGCGUCCUUCAAGGCGAUUGUCUCAGUCCUCUUUUAUUCAACAUGUCUUUCAAUACCUUUAUCCAACAUAUUAAAUCGGAAAAAUACCGUCAACUUGGAUUUUGGAAAUCCAGUGAAAACGGUACCCCAUUAAAUCCUCUUCAUUGGUUCCAGUUUGCCGACGACGCGGCUGUUGUUAGCGGCCAAGAAAAAGAAAACCAAAUGCUCCUCAAUCGCUUUACAAUCUGGUGUCAGUCGGCUGAAAUGAUAAUACGUGUAGACAAAUGUUCAACAUUUGGCAUUAGGAAACAAUUAACCAAAUCCAUUCAAUAUCUCCCAAAACUAUUUAUAAAUAACUGUCUUGUACCACGUGUUGAACUUGGUAAAUCGUUUCGCUACUUAGGUCGCUAUUUUGAUUUCAACAUGUCCGACGAGGAUCACAAAUCUGAAGUAUAUGACACACUUACUAAUAUCCUGAAUGAAAUUGAUGAUCUACCAUUACAUCCGAAAAACAAAAUUCUCUUAUACAGUCGUUAUGUGCUUUCCAAAAUCUCUUGGCACUUCACUGUUUCUGACAUAGGCAAAACCUGGGUUAACGAUAAACUAGAUAGUAUCGCGUCCAUGUAUAUCCGAAAAUGGCUUGAACUUCCAAUUUCUGCAACCCUUAGUAACGUCCUACUUCCCCACAAUAAAUUUGGAUUAAAUAUCAUUCUACCUUCAACCAAAUUCCUUCAAUGCCAAACUGUUUCUCGGAAUGCCCUAAAGUCGUCGCCAAAUGAAGCGAUCAAUAACCUUUGGAAAGAUACUAGCAAUCACAAAAAUGUACAAUAUGACAAAUACAAAAACACCAAGGACGUAUUAAACACCAUCAGGAAACAACAUGAAGACAAGCUUCAACACCACUUCAUUUCACAAGGCUCAUUUUUCUCCAAUAUCAUUAAACAUUCUACACUCUCAUUCAACUCUAUAUGGUCCUCCGUUCAGAGUAAACUUCCGAAGAAUAUAUUUAACUUCACUAUCCGGUAUAUAAAUAACACUCUUCCGACUCGCAAAAACCUUCUGAAAUGGGGAAUAUCACCAACAUCCGAAUGUUCGUUUUGUUUGAAUCCAGAAUCACUUCUUCACGUCGUCGCUGGAUGCAAGACCUACCUAAAUGAAGGACGUUUCACGUGGCGUCAUGAUUCGGUGCUUAACUUCAUAGCAUCCAUACUUAAAUCUGUGAACCAUUGUAACCUUUAUGCUGACCUUCCUGGCUAUAUCAGUCCAUCUGUUAUCACCGGAGAUGAAUUGCGCCCUGAUCUUUUGAUAACACUUGAAAACAAAUGUAUUUAUAUACUUGAACUUACGGUUGGAUUUGAAUCUAAUCUCCUCACUAAUGCAACUCGAAAAAGACAAAAAUAUCAAGAUCCAAUUAACGAACAGCUCAAAAAUUAUGAAAAAGUGAAAUUUGUAAAUUUAUCGAUUAGCUCAUUAGGAGUUUUCAGCCACCCGUCGCUAGAUUUCACCGAAAUGCUGAAAGAUCUAAAGUUUGAUGAACAAUGUAGAAAGUACUAUGUUCGGAAAAUUAUUAAUAUAUGUAUCAGGUCCUCGUAUUAUAUAUUCUGUAAGCGUAACAAAGAAUGGGAUAACCAACAACUAAUGUCAUACUAA